AUGGCGCAAACAAUCGACAAACUCCUAAACCUCGUCGUCGACAAGCCCGACCAAGUGCUCCAACACCUUCAAACCAACCCAGAACUAGCCUCACAACAAGACCGCCACGGCUACUCUCUGCUGCACGCCGCCGCCUCCUACAACCACCCCCAAGUGCUCCAAACCCUCUUGUCCACCUACUCCGUCAACCCAAACCUCCUGGACGAAGAUGACGAAACCUGUUUAUUCAGCGUCGAAACCGUAGACAUGGCAAAAUUCCUGGUUGAGCAGUGCAAUGUGGACACCACGCACAAAAACGAAGAAGGCCAAACUGCAGCAGAAAAGUUUGAGCAAGAGGGCGAUUUCCCAGAGGUUGCGCGGUAUUUGGCAAGUCUGGUGCCGGGAGGCGCUGCUGCUUCUAUUCUUGCGCAGACGGGAAAUCCUUCGGCGCAACAGGCUGGUGCUGGUACUGUUGCUCCUGGUGAAGACACAAAUGGAGCUGUUCCUCCGCCGCCGCUUCCUCAUGGUGUCAAGAUUGAUUUGGGGACUAUGGCAGAGGAUGAGGUUGGCGAGGCACCAGACCCGGAGUUCAGGAGGAGGAUUGAAGAGUUGGCAGCCAGACCUGAUUUCCAGAGUGAAGAGGUGCAAAAGGAGUUGCGGGAGCUUGUGCAAGAUGCUCUGGGCGGCAUGAGAGGAGAUGACAGAGAGGUGAGGCAGAGACUCUCAUAA